UUCGAGGUGAGUUCUCAAUGGCCUUCGCCUCCGCCUCCGCCUCUGUUUCUCUUUCAAUUGCUUCUGCCUGUUAUUUGCUAUAGUUUCGCCUCUUUUGAUUCUUAAUAGCUAUGGCUACUUCGGCGGUAUAGGUGCAAGAGUGAAAGACAUGAAUGCAUUCAAGGCUUUCAAAGCCCAAGUUCCAAUUGCAUGGAGUCCUAACUUAUAUAUAACCUUAGUGAGGGGCAUUCCAGGAACCAGGAGACUUCAUAGACGUACCUUAGAGGCAUUGCGUCUUCGCAAAUGCAACCGUACUGUUAUGCGAUGGAAUACGCCCACUGUCAGGGGAAUGCUCCAACAGGUAAAGAGGUUAGUCGUGAUUGAGACAGAAGAGAUGUACAAGGCCCGCAAACAAAACGAGGCAAACCAUGGAUCACUACGUCCCCCUUUGGUCAUUAGCCACUCACCUGCGCAUGCAAGCAAUUCUUCCUAGAUCAUUCCAUCUGUUUUAUAUAGUCCUUUAGAGGUCAGCUCUCUGUUUCUUUAGUAUGCGUCUGUUGCUCAUGGGGUAUGUUUUUUUGGCAAUGUAUUUUCUGUAGUACGGCUGAUUUAAUGAACUGAAUUCUCGGAGCUUUGUUUAGUUUACUUGACAUAAUAGAUACACUUGUGUAUCUAACUCUGAUCAUCUCAAAAAUAUUUUUCGAAGUUCUUGAAGUAGCAAUAUUACAAUCGUA